GAGAUUCAGCGGCAUUCACGAAAUGCCAGCUCCAACCCCGCCGCUUGUUGGUAUUCGCGUUGUUGAACUGGCAGGGUUAGCUCCAGGCCCGUUUGCUGGUCUUCUCCUUGCCGACUAUGGAGCUUCAGUUCUCCGUGUCGACCGUCCCGGCUCGGUAUCAGCAGAUCGAUUGACCAGACACAAGACAUCCAUCAUCCUGAACCUUCGAGAUGCUGCCUCCUCCCGCGUCCUGUUGGCAUUACUCUCAAAAGCAGAUAUCUUGAUUGAUCCCUUCCGCCCCGGAGUUUUGGAACGACUAGGCCUAUCCCCCACGGACGUCCUCCUGAAACACAACCCGCGGCUCAUCGUGGCCCGUAUGACAGGCUUCCGACGCGACGGCAAAUACAAAGACAUGGCGGGCCAUGACAUCAACUACAUUGCUGUUUCGGGUUUGCUGUCAAUGCUUGGUCGCGCAUCGGAGCCCCCGUACGCGCCAGCAAACAUCGUGGGGGACUUCGGGGGAGGAGGCGCUAUGUGCUUCUUGGGCAUUCUGCUGGCAUUACUGUCGCGUUCACGGACCGGGCGCGGUCAAGUCGUGGAAGCGAACAUGGUCGAUGGAUCUGCAUACCUAGCUACUAUGCCGCGAUUGUUGCAGCGGGAUCCGUUCUGGGACCAGCCAAGGGGACAGAACAUGCUGGACGGCGGCUCUCCGUUCUACCAGACUUACGAAACGAAGGACCCAGGAGGAUAUUUUGCUGUCGGGGCCCUGGAACCACAGUUCUAUGCUUCUUUGCUGAAGGGUCUUGGAUUUCGCCCGGAAGGCAUCCCAUCACGAGAUGACCGGUCGAAUUGGCCGGUUCUUAGGGAGAUGUUUGCCCGGCGGUUCAAGGAGAAAACCAGGGAGGAAUGGGAGGCGAUCUUUGACGGUACAGAUGCCUGUGCCACGCCGGUUUUGGGACAGGAUGACCUCCAGCGCCGAGGAUUCCAGCAGCGGCUUCCGGUGCAUCUGGCCGAGACGCCUGGGUACCCGAUUCAAGCCGACGAUGCGGGAUGGACGGGCGGUGGUCUGGAGCCGGGCGAGGGUGGGGAGGAGGCAUUGAAGGCGUGGCUGGGAUGGGAGAAGGGGAGUCAGUUUGUUGUUCGAGAGGAUGAUACAGUGGUGUCUUUGGUUGAGGGUGAGAAGGCGAAGUUGUGAUGGCUCCAACAGUGGCGCUGACUGCUUGGAUUCCCGUCUACCGCCACGACAUUAAUGAAUGUCCCUUUUUUUUAUUAUUAAUAAAACAGGCCCUUCUUAGGUGCCAUCCGAGAUCACUGCUCAGCCUCGGGGACGCUGAACUCAAUCUAACCGGGACUAGUCGCUGACUGCGGGGAGGAAAAAAUUGACAACCUUGAUGGCUAUGCAGGUAUACGAGCUUAUAUACAGCUAUACUCCGUACAGCAUGUACUGUCUGUACACGAUUACUGGUUUGUGAAGCGUAAGCCAGAGAGGCAUUGCCCGAUUUCUCGCCGUGAACGGAGCUUGUUCCGCAGGACGGAAACCGAGAGUCUGUGCUGGAGGCUACUAAUUAUUAGCAAUUAGCAUAGCAUCUAAGAUAAUAAUAACCA